GUCUCAAUCCAGCAGAUAACAAUUUGACCGCCUCACUGUUCUCUCUAUAAAUCGCAUAAAGCAGCAAGUACGAAUUAUUCGCUGCAGCUACAUCGACUGACGCUUGUUCUAAUGUUUAAGCCCGAGUCAAAAAUGAAGUCGCUGUUCGUGGUUCUCGUCGCCCUGUUCGCCUGUGCCGCUGCAAGAAGUGCGCCUCCAAGGAGAGAGAUUGUAAAUAAUGACAUCGAUAAUUUUGUUAGAGAUCUUAUGGACGAACACGGUACGGUGGCACCGUCUGUAGGACCAGCUCCUCCAAGCCUCAACAAGUACUUCGACGAUAUAGCUCAAAAAAUCAUCUCGUACAUUGCCAUACAACAUGGGCUUAUAAAAUCCUGGGUUGGAGAGCAAUUCCGCGAGGUCGUGGCCGCUAAACUCAAGGGGAAGUUCCAGAAAUUCAAAGAAGAGCAAGAGAAGGCUUGGGAAAAUUUCGAGGAGAACAAGGACUAGCUUACAAAGGAGGAGAUCGUGGCGAAGAUAGAGAAAACGCACAAGGAUGCAAUGGCCUUCAAAAGCAGUGUGAGGGCUGAAAUCCACGCCCACUUAGUACAGUUACAAGAUUAUUUGGCGAAAAAGGGUAUCAAGGACAAAGAGUUGGAUAAAAGCGUUGCUGGUUUGGAAUAGACACCCGAAUGGACGUGCCGAACACUAAAUGGAAAACCCGAACACCCAAAA